CUAAUAGGCAGGACCUGCGCCGAGUCUAUACGAACCCCAUUUUCCACUAUCGCGUUUCAUCCUUUCUUUUCACCAUCUGGCGUCUUGGAACCUUUUCAUUUUUGCGGUCACACGUUAGCAGACUUCUCGUAGUCCUCGGAAAAGUCGGACAGACCUUCGUUGCCCCCUUCUUUCCACCCUCAGGAAGUGCUUCGUCCUCAGACAGCAACGGUUCGUGAAGAUGGCCUCCCUGGGAGAAGAUCUCCUCGGCAUUGUCAAUAAGCUGCAGGACUUGGUCUUUAACACCAUUGGCAAUGACUCGUUGGACCUUCCGCAAAUUGUCGUAGUGGGAUCACAAUCAUCGGGAAAGUCGUCGGUAAUUGAGAAUAUUGUUGGCAGGGAUUUCCUUCCUCGAGGAAGCGGCAUUGUCACCCGACGACCCCUCAUCCUGCAGUUGAUAAACGUUCCGAGCGAGAGAGAUGACCGGCCAGAGGGCGAUGAAAUUCAUGUGCCUCACACUGCGGCCAGCGUCGAUGGCCAAGGCGAGUGGGCAGAAUUUCAUCACCGUCCGGGCCAACAAUUUCACGAUUUUGGUGAUGUGAAGCGGGAGAUUGAAAAUGAGACUGCUCGGAUAGCUGGUAACAACAAGGGUAUCAACCGGCAACCGAUCAACCUUAAGAUCUAUUCCCCCCACGUUCUCAACCUCACCUUGGUCGAUCUUCCUGGUCUGACAAAGGUGCCCAUUGGCGAUCAGCCAUCCGACAUCGAGAAGCAGACACGAACCCUUAUUUCCGAAUAUAUUGCAAAGCCCAAUAGUAUCAUCCUUGCUGUCUCCCCUGCCAACGUUGACCUUGUCAACUCUGAGGCAUUGAAGCUCGCCCGCCAUGUUGAUCCUAUGGGCCGCCGAACCAUUGGUGUCCUGACCAAGCUGGAUCUUAUGGAUCACGGCACCAACGCGCUUGAUAUCCUCUCCGGACGUGUAUAUCCUCUGAAACUGGGAUUCAUCGGUGUGGUAAACAGAUCACAGCAGGAUAUUCAGGGCAACAAGUCGCUCUCCGAUGCGUUGCAGGCUGAGCGCGAUUUCUUCAGGCACCACCCGGCGUAUCGAAACAUGGCGAACCGAUGCGGCACUCAGUUUUUGGCCAAGAGCCUGAACUCGACUCUCAUGGCUCACAUUCGUGAGCGCCUACCCGACAUCAAGGCUCGUCUCAAUACGUUGAUGGGCCAGACCCAACAAGAGCUGGCCAGCUACGGCGAUAUGCAAUUCAGCGGCAAGGAGCACCGUGGUUCUCUGAUUCUGCAACUCAUGACCAGAUUCGCAAACUCUUUCAUCGCUUCAAUCGAUGGUACUUCGUCGGAGAUUUCCACGCGUGAGCUCUGUGGUGGCGCCAGGAUUUAUUACAUAUUCAACUCCGUCUUUGGCAACUCGCUCGAAACCAUUGACCCUACUACCAACCUCUCAGUAUUGGACAUUCGGACCGCGAUUCGAAAUUCCACCGGACCUCGGCCCAGUCUCUUCGUGCCCGAACUCGCCUUUGAUCUCCUCGUCAAGCCGCAAAUUAAGAUGCUUGACAUCCCCAGCCAGCGUUGCGUUGAGCUCGUUUAUGAGGAGCUGAUUAAGAUUUGCCAUACGUGCGGCUCAGCUGAACUAUCUCGUUUCCCUCGCCUGCAAGCUAAAUUAAUUGAAGUCGUUUCCGACCUCUUGCGUGAACGGUUAGGGCCAUGCUCUGGCUAUGUCGAAUCGCUCAUUGCUAUUCAGCGGGCAUAUAUCAAUACGAAUCACCCCAACUUCCUCGGUGCUGCGGCUGCCAUGUCGUCGGUUAUCAACGACAAGAACGAGAAGGAGAAGAAGGCUCAGGCCGCCCUCGCGGAGGAGAAGCGCAAGCAAGAGCGGAGACGAUUAAAGGAGGCAGACACCGUCAAUGGUGCCGGAGGACCGGAUGAUGACGAGGAUGGUCCGGAGGAGAAGCCUCAGUCGUUGCCUGUCCGCCAUCGCGCGUCAAAGGCUACCAGGAGCAUGUCUCCUGCAGUUGGCCGUGGCUUCGAGAAUGGCCAUAGCUCGAUCGCUGCUUCCCUGAACGGAAACCAGGGCACUGGCAGUGCCAAGGACAGCUUCCUGAACUAUUUCUUUGGAAAAGAUGGCAGUGGAAUCGCUACGCCCACUGGAAACGCUGCUUCAACGAUGCUCGGUCAGAGACAUGUCAGCAACCACCUUGAGCCUUCUAUUGCGCAGAGCAUUCGCCGUGGCGAGACGAAGAUUGAGCGUCCAGCUCCUGUGCAAGCCGUUCAAGACGACUUCGACUUCCCAGCCCCGAUGGCUGAUGAUAACCCCUUCCCCGGCGAAGAGACUCCAGCGUUGACUGAGCGUGAGGCCCUCGAGACUGAGCUUAUUCGUCGCCUUAUCUCAUCGUACUUCAACAUUGUUCGCGAAACUAUCGCCGACCAAGUCCCCAAGGCUGUCAUGCACCUUCUUGUCAACCACUCCAAGGAUGUGGUUCAGAAUCGGCUUGUUAGCGAGCUCUACAAGGAAGACCUUUUCCAGGACCUGCUCUAUGAAGACGACGCCAUCAAGGCCGAGCGCGAGAAAUGCGAGAAGCUCCUUUCGACCUAUCGCGAGGCCGCCAAGAUUGUUGGCGAGGUCUUGUAAGCUGGCUAGCUCUCUUUUCAGUCCGUUAGACCAGGUUUGAAUUGGCAAUAGGUUCUGCCACACAUGACUCCGGUAGACAUUAGAGGGAUGACGUUUUGUGUUGUCGCUUUUCUGGUGACUGAAAGUUUUUCUUUUUUCGUGUGUCUGGUUAGGAUAUGGAAAUAAUCAUCCUGUCCUUGGCCCGUCUCCGCUCAUGGAAAGCCUCAUUCCGUAGGCUUCUCCCCCCUCUUAUACCGAUCUCACUCAUCUCAUUUUCCGCAUGUCCGGUACGCUGAAGUCUCUACUCUUCAUUUCGCUCUAUGCCACAUCCACUUUUCCUUUGAACGGAAUUUGGCAUUACGCCGCGUCCCAUAUCUGCCGUACGACAGGCCUGCACAGGAC